GGGGCGAUCAAGUGUCGGCAUCUCAAAUAACUAAUACAGUGUGGAAUUCAUUGAAAGGACUGGCCAGUUCUGGGACGUAUAUACCAAGGAAGGAGCCUCCACAAUUUGUUGCUCUUUCAGCCUAUGGUUAUCUUGAAGGUGGAAUUGGAUCUGGAUACAAGAAGCUCAUAGAAGAAAAGGUGCGAAUGGGUGAGACUUAUACUACUGAAGGCAUAGCUCUAAUUAAUUAUCUGGGACAUCUAUCCACAACAACAAGACUCUUCAAAUCGAUGCGGAGAGCACCCUUUGGUGUUCUGCGGUGCUUACUUGCGCUUCCAAGAGUUGCUCUUGAGGUUACUGAGAUCUUCAACUUUUCCCAAGAUGAUUUGUUAACUGAAGACAUGAUGAUACUUGACACACAUGGUGAGGUUUUCAUCUGGAUUGGUCAGUGCGUGGAAUCGAAAGAGAAACAGAAAGCAUUUGAUAUCGGCCAGAAAUACGUGGAGCAUGCAAAUUCUAUUGAAGAUCUUUCUCCAUAUGUACCACUAUAUAAAGUCAUGGAAGGGAAUGAGCCAUGCUUCUUCAAGACGUUCAUGGAAAUUCCUUCCAGAAGAAACUCUACGCUACUUUUCGGAUUGCGUUCUGAGGCACCUAGGAGCUCUGGUAAUGGUGGACCAACUCAGAGGGCAUCUGCAUUAGCAGCUCUAUCAUCCGCAUUCAAUCCAUCGGCUCAACAAAGGCUGAUGAAGUCCACUAUCGCUUUGCUGGCCUAUUUAUCACUUCAAAGUUUGACAACUUUGAUCAAUGCAGAUGUCGACAGGGUUGUCAUAACUCCAGCUGGGCCAUCUGGUCCAUCUUCUCCUCAGUCUGAAGCUGGGGAGUUCAACGUGUUUCACCAGGAAAAAGAUGUUGCAGUAGAUGGGGCACCAUCUGGCACAGAUGGAGCAGUGGCUGAGGCCCCGGUGGAAGAAACAACAGAGAAUGUUGGUGAAGCGACAUUUAGCUAUGACCGCUUGAUAUCCAAAUCUACAGAUCCAGUUCGUGGGAUAGAUUACAAACGUAGAGAGGCAUACUUAUCAGAUAAUGUACUCCAAGCAACAUGCAUGGCUGUCAUUUGUGUAGAGAACAUAGAGAACAUAGAUUUGUUAGUGUCUGGCUCAGGAGUUGUAAGGGCGUAUUAA